AUGAAAUCAUCACAAAAUUCAUUAUUCAUACUUGAAGAAUAACAUAUUUAUGAAAUUUAGAAUUAAUCACUAUAAAGUUUUAGAAGCCUUAAUAGAAAACCGGUGUACGUGAUAUAAUUUAAAAUCAAUUAAUAAUCAGAUCAAGUUGUAUUAACAAAAUUUAUAAUAGAUGUAGGCUGGGAGGAAACAAUCUUCAAAAACGAGAAAUAAAAAAAUACAAGCUUAAAAUAUUAAAUUACUAGAAAAGAAGAGUUUAAAAAAGUACAAAAGUAGAGAAGAAAUUCAAUCUCUGGAGUUAUGUAUUAAAAAUUCAUACAGGAAAAGCAAAAAGAAUUUUUGA